UCAAGUCCUUGGUGUCACCAUGUUCCUGCAGUGAGUAUUGCUAUGAGGAAAAGAAGAACUGGGAGGAUGCCAGAUGCCAGCGUGGGGGUUGCUUUGUUCCCUGCCCCAGGGAGCCCCUGGGGAAUGCCCAGGGCAGGGAAUUCCCAGGGCAGGGAAUGCCCAGGGCAGGGGAUGCCCAUGGUAGGGGAUUCCCAGGGCAGGAGUGAGUGAUGCUCCCUGCCCCUGCAGCUCCAGCCGGGCCCGGGGGGCUGUGCAGGACCCUUGGUGUGACAGGUGCUGGGAUGUGACCCCAGCCCAUCCUCCCUGGACACAGCAGGGCUGGGAGCAGCACAGGACGGUCCCAGCUGGGCUCUGCUCAGCCCUGUCCUGCUGUUGGCAGCAGCUCUGUCAGAGGGUCACGCCUCUCCCUUCUGUGCCUUAACACAAAAGAUGGAGUUUGGCCUUAAAUAAAGUAUUUACUAAAGACCACGGGGAGGCACUGAUUUACAGGCUGCAACCCUUUGCUGGGGCACUUGGCACAAGUUCUCAGAAAGGGAGGGAGAUGCACGAUGCAGAGCCCCAGGUCUCCUCCCAGUCAGCCCAGCAGUCAUUUCUCUUUUCACUUUCUGUCUUAACCAUCAUUUAUUUCCUUCUGCGUGAGUUUACAGACGAGAGGCCUCGGUCUCCCCCUCUCUCUCUCCACCUCCUUCCCAGCCAUGUGACUGAGCCCUGGGUGCAUCAAGUGGAAGUUUUCAGCCCGGAGGAAGCUGGGCUGGCUCGGCAGCCGCUCCGGGAGCGCACCCGCAGCGCGCUGGCCAUGGGGAGGAGCGCACGGCAGCUCAUCGCGCUGACCCUCGCCUGCGCAUUUUCCUCCUGCUUUGCUGAAGUCACCCUGGGGGUCGAACUGUCUUCAGAAACCACAUCCUUCCACCAAAUGGCUACUUCUGCUCAGUCAUUUUCCCUUUAUCAUUCUGCACCCCAUCAAAGCACCACAGUUCAUUUUAACAGCACUGGCCCUCUUCAAACAACAGCCGUGAGCCACAGAACUGAGCAGACAACGGAGCAGCUCCAGGCAGCAUCAGCUGCAGGCCAGGCAGGAGCAGGCGGUGAAUCCACAACCCCCACAGACAGCCCUGGCACGGCCGUGCCCUCGGGUACAGCUGCAGUGAGGAACACAACCACCCCCUCUGCAUCCUCCACCAGGCAUGGCAGCAGCCCAGGGGUGCCCACAGGAGCUACAAUGGCCACCAACAGCUCCCUGCAGCCCGGGACAGCGAGCACCCAGGGCACAGCCGCCUCUGCUGCCCACAGCACGCACAGGGCCGGGCCCAGCACGCGCUCACGGAGACAAACUGCAGCCACUGGCGCUGCACCAGCCACGGCCAACAGCACGGCCACCCACGCAGGGACACGCACGGCCCCCACGUCCCCUGCCAGCACAGCGAGACCCCCUCCCACCCCACAGCCCCCCGACAUCCCCACGGGCACCUACACCCUCUCUGAGGGGAACAGCACCUGCGUCAAAGUCGUCAUGGGGCUGCAGCUGAUGGCUCGAAAUACAGAACAGGAGCCAAUGGAAUAUGUGACUGUCAACCCCAACAAAACAAAGAUAUCUGGAAGCUGUGGGACGGUGCAGUCUGAGCUGAACUUAACUUUUAGUGGAGGAUUUGUAAACAUCGCCUUUGUAAAGCAAGCUCCAAGUUACUCUGUCAGUAAAAUUGAGAGCAGAAUACCGUUAUCUUCUGAAGGUAUGUUUUACUAUGGAGCCUUAAAUGAGAAGCUGUUCACAACAAAGCUGGGGAAUUCCUUUAAGUGUGCCAGCAGGCAAACCUUCACCUUGGAGAGGAACUUCCAGAUCCUCUUUGUUCAUAUGCAGCUGCAGGCAUUUGACAUCGUGGGUAACCAGUUUGGAAAAGAAGAAGAAUGCUUUCUUGACAGAAACAGCAAAAUAGCUCCCAUUGCAGUGUGCCUGAGUAUCCUGGGAUUGUUUGUCAUUGUGUUUGCCACCUUCCUGAUCUCCAGGAGGAAGCCACAUAGAGGAUAUCAACGCAUCUGAGGUGCCCUUGUGCUUCCAAAUGUGUGCAGCAAGCAGAGAAGUCACAGGAGUUUCUGCUUCUGCCUGACAAUUUCUCUGCCCUGAAGCCAUAUUUUUAAGUGAGAUGACACCAUGUGUUUACAGCUAAUUAAUGUUUCUGGAAGGAGUUUCUUUAAGGUGGAAAGGAGAGAACUCACACCUACUUUAGGCUAUUCUUAGGAUCUAAUUUAGAUGUAGUCCAAAAUGAGGAGCCUUAAUUCUCUCUGUUAUCAACAAAGGAGGUCAUUCAGAUCACCUAAACCAGAUUCCUAAAAAUAGUUUAAAGCAAGCAGUAUCACUAUUCCCGAGAAAAUCCAUCAGGUUUGUUAAUGAUGGUUUAAACUUAUCAAAAGAUGUAAAUUGGACCUUCUGGUGAAUAAACCAGAGGGCCAAAGCUACAGACAACCCUGCUGAGUGAGAGCUCACUGAAAGCUUUUUUCGGAACACGGUGUGUGCCAAAAUCUCAGGGGAGGUGUCCGUGUGACCAGUGUGAGUCCACUCAAGCAAGUGCUCACCAGUCCUAAAACACAGUUACAUUUUCUAAGUGUCUGGGGUUCUCCCACUAAGCCCUUUGCAAAGACACAGUGGUAACUGGAGCUUAAUAUGUUCCUGGUCUUGUAAGAGCUCAGGAAUCCCUCACAUGCUGUUCAGACGUUGUCCUGUCACAGUGACCACACUGAGCUCAGGAAAUGUCCUCUGUGGGGCAACAGGGUGGUCUCUUAAUCCAGGAAGAUGCCACACUCACUGGAAAUGCCUGGGAUUAAGUGACCACCACUGGAGCACCUACACAAGGUCCAUGAGAAAUGGAAAUCCACUGAUGCUGUAUGGUCAAGGCUUCUGUGGGAAAUAAAAUCUUGCACAGGCCUUGAACAAACUCUGCCCAAGAGUGUUCCCCGGUGUGCUCACAGCUGAGCAGCUGGAUUUUCAUAUGGAAAUCAUUUGGAGUUGCCUUAAAGCACACUGAUACACCCUGUAGUCUAUUUCCUGCUAAACCAAUGAUGAAGGCAUGAGAAUAGUAAUUGCUUUUGAGAUUUAAGUCCAGCUCAUCUUCUUUGUUGUAACAAGGAAAAGCUCCUUGUCACAAAAGACUUACAUGUGCAGAAAUGAGCACAUACACUCACAUACACAUUUGCACAUGCCACACAAUCUGCUCACUGAAGCAAAUGACAUCAAGAUGAUAAGAAACUAUGCACAAACACGUUUGAAAAAGAGAAAAUAAUGUUCAAUAAGAGCACAUUUCCUCCAAGGAGUUAGGCUGAUGGCUUAAAUUUUACUAGUAAGAGUUUGGUCUGGAAAAGGACUGUGGAAUGGCACUUAUUAAACAAAAGGAAGACUGAAGUCAUAUGCAAAAAUGCCUUGACAGUUUAAUCUGUAUCUAAACAAAAUGGAAAUGCUGGGAGCUAAUUUAAUUUCUAUGAAUAAUGACCCAAAUCCUGCACAGUUAUUAAUGGUGAUGGAACCUCAUUGGAUUUUCACUGAAUAAAAUUGAUGGUUAUGCCUUGUUAGAUAUUCCCUUAGGUAUUUUUAAAAUAGUUUUGAUAUUUUACUAGUAUUUCACCAUUGCAAGUUUACUUAUUUAAAUGAAGAAAUUCUUAUUUAAAUUCUUCCAUUCUAUGAAUUAUUUGGACAUGUUGGUAUGUGUGAAGCAGGAAACAUGGCCAUACUGCUCUAUAAUCAGUAUAAUAUGUAGCUGUGGAAGUAAUUAACAUUCUGUAGAAGUGUUCCCUUUGAGUCUGAAUGAACCAAUACAAAAGAAGGAUAAAGACAAUUUUGAAGCACUUUUACACAUGGAGAAACAUCAGAACCAGCUGUGAGCACAGGAACAGCUGAAUGCAUUUAUAAGGUAAAAUAGCACAAGAAAUAGGAUACCAAACUCUCAAGCCUUGAAUACAGACACUGUGAUUUGGACUGUAUUCAGCUGAAUACUCAAAUUGGAAUGUAAGUAUUUCAAUUAUUCUUUUGCAAAGGGCUCCAGCACUGUUCAUAAUGCUUAGUGAGCUUCAUUGAGCUCCUUUUCCCUUCCUCCUUCACCCCUUAGCAGACAAGCAGCCACUGGACUCAGACCUUUGGCCUAAUAAGAUCCCUCUAAUUCUCAGGGUUAUUUAAUACUAUGAAUCUGUUGUUUAGAAAGCUGACUUUUAUACUCAAUUAAAGCAUUCACCUUUUCAAAAAAAAUGAGAUGCCUGGGAGGAAAGGUAAAAGGAUGAAGAGCUUCCAUUUGAAAAUGAGCCUGUGCCUGCAGUAGGGAUGUCACUGUCCCACUCUGCUACAUGUGGACAUUUUAACAAAAGUGCCUAAAGAAGCUCAGCAUGCAGUCUAAGCUGUUCUGCCCAUGGAUCAAUGGACAUCUUUCCCUUGUCAAAGCUGAGUCCAUUUCACAUGUUCUUUGGAUUGUUGGAUUGUGUGAUCUAUGGAUAUAGCAUUUGCUUGUUCUGUUCUGAAAAAAUGCUUUAUGUUAAUAUUCAGUCUUUUCAAAAAUUCUGAUAUCAACGUGAGGACAGGAAAGAGUUACUAAUGACUGCUACUGCUGUGGUUAAUAUUGUGACACCUGGCAUUUUUACUAGAGAUGAUGAAUAACGUUUUACCCCAUAGUUAUUUUUUCUUUCUACAGUGAAUCAAGUUGUUGGUAUUGAUCAAUGUUUGGAUUCAGAUUUACCUGAUUUGUUCUUAUGCUUUUUCUUGCUAUUUUUUGUUUGCUAUUUUUAUGAAGCUGCAUUCUGCCAUUUCUACAUGAAUGAUACUCUGGGCUUGCUCUAACUGGCACAAGUGAAGUGCAUGUGGUGCAAACCAAUGAAGCAAUUGGAUGGUCUCAGGAAAUGCUGCCAACAUGCAGCAAAAUUAAUCCAAUGGAGUUAGUGCUUUACAGCAGUAGAAUAUCCAUUGGAGAAAUCCUUACUGCAUCAGGAGAUCCUAGCCUUGAAGUGCAACCUUUCUCCCAGCUGUGGCUCCCUGGUGCUCUGCUGCAGCUCCCAUGCCAGACCAUCCCCUGUGUCUGCACACCCAAGACAGAAUGUGGGCAUCCAGAAGCAUGAUGAUGUCACAUUUAGACAAAUCACUGAGGAGUUUAAAAAGCAAGGUUUAAUUUCUUUCAGUCCUUUUUUUUCUCUGAUGGACAAGCACAAAUUAAGAAGCAGGUGUUAAUUCAGUUGAAAGAGGAAGGGAGAUUAGAUUGGCAUCUUGAGUAUCUGAACAUGGCUUGGCUGAUCACUUCUAGCUUGCUAUAAUGUACGGCUGCUAAAAAUAACUUGCUAUGAGAAGUAAGAUAUGCUCUUUAUUUUUCUAUUAUUGGUAUUUCCAUAAUAAAGGCUGUAUUUAAUCAUUA